UUUCAGUGAAAAAUCAUGAGUCUUGCACCAUUCUUCGAUAAAGCACCUUCAAUAAUCAAUAAACCUGAUGGUAGUGUAUUAUUCGAAUGCAUGUGUAAUGCGAAUCCCGAGCCAAUGAUACAAUGGUUUUUCAAGGAUAAAGAAUUAAGCGGUGAUCGAUAUACAAUGAAGACAAAAAAAAUGGUUGGCAAAUGGACAUGCACGAUGACUAUAAAGAAUCCAACACUGCAAGAUCAAGGAAUAUAUAAAGUUGUGGCGACGAAUAAGAAUGGUACUCAUUCAGUGGAACAGCAUUAUGUACUAUCAUGCACUGCUAAUGAAGUUUUCAAAACACAAUAAUUAACCGAUAUUUUGUUUAUUGAUUCCUUGUAAUGUCAAUUUAAAUAAAAUCAUCGAAUAAUUCAAAGCAAAGCAAGCAGACGCAAGAGAAAUAAAUUUAAAAUUUAAAAGGAAUUUAAGCAGAUAGAAGAAGCAAAAUAUCUCAAUUUUUUCGUUUUCUUUAAAAAAAAGAAAAUAAGUAGAGAGCGGAUCGAGAAUGGUAAGUAACAGUUUUGAAAAUGUACAAAAAAGAGAAGUUCCUUUAGAUUGAAUUGAUCUUAACAUAUAUAAAUUCAAAUACACAUCAGAAAUUCUAUACAGCACCAAAAGAUUAUUCUCUCAAUACAAACAAUCAUUAAUCUUACUCAAGUAUAUAGCACCAAUUACCAAUGGUUAAUUAUCCUAAACUCCAAGCUAUAUCGUACUGUCACUAGUUGUGGCAGUGACCGGUUAUAAUUUCUUCAAUAUUUUCAAGAAUUUAAUUGAUUCAAAUAAACGAAUAUUCAUGUUCAAAAAAUGUUAGCUCAUCAGUGAUAACAAUAAUUGAUUAUAGAUUAAACUUACCAAAAAUAAUAGCUAUAAUAAAGGAAACACUCCUCUUCCAACGCAAAUAACACGUCAUAGGUCACAUAAUGACACGUCAGUUAGCUUGAGGAGUGCAUGUAUUCUUUACAUGAACAUCACAUUUUACAUUCACUUCUUUCAAAAGCAUAAUCCCGCAUAUCUGUCACAGACCAAGAAAAAUUUAUAUGACCAAUUAAAAUAUUUGUUGUUUAGAACAUAUCCAAGAUAAGGGACUCAUUACUUUACUUGAAAAAUCAAACAAAUCUUUUCCAUAUCAAAGGUGAUAAGUCAGUUUAUCUAAUUUUGAUGCAAAUUCUUCUUACCUGAGGAUUAAAUCUUGUAUGUAAAGAUCUUGUAUGCAACUUUGAAAUAUUGUAAAGAUCUUACAUGCAACUGCUGCAUAUA